CCCAAAUGAAAGGUGAGCACAGUGAAAGGAACACAGCCAAAUCGUCUUCUUCUUUUCUUCUCAAUCGCGAUGCAAGAACUCAACCAACGACACACGACGACAAAAUGGGUUCGAUUGCUGGGUCAUCUUCAUGGGGUAGAAGGACUGAAAGCAGUGGUUUUUCAAAUCAGUGCUAUCACAGAGUGUCCUAUGAACCUAAAAUGGUGAAAAACGGGCCAAAUACUAGGAGACAAUUCUAUGGGUGUGCACUGUGGCCUAUUGUCAUUAUUUCCAAUGGCUUGAUGAAGAAAAUCCUCCUUGCAAAGAAGACGAGAGAAAUGAUAAGGAUAUGUUGUUGGAGCAACUUUUGAUGGAUAAAAAAGCAUUGGAGGAGAAGAUCAUUAGGCUGAAAUGUAAGAAAGAGAUGAUGAAAGCUAAAAAUAAGGAAAUCCAGCAACUGAUUACCAAAAAAACGAAGACACACAAAAUGGCAUUGAUUGCUUUUUUUGCCUCAUGGAUGGGGUUUUGCAUUGUGUUGUAUUAUAAGUAACUUGGUAGUGUGUUGCACGAUUCUGAGAGUUCUAGCUAUGUGUUUUAGAUUAGUUUUGAUCUGGUAAUAGUUGUGAGAGGUGUUAGACUAUUCUGUUAGCAUUUGGUUGCAUUGUAAUGUGUAGGAU